UCAGGCUGAGUGCCCAGAACUGAGGAGGAGGUGGUUGCAGGACGGCACAGACCUGAGAAGUCUGUGGCUGAGCUGGGAGCCGGUUCCCCACCCCCUACCUGGGGGACUCGGCAGGUGCAGUGGCCAUGGCUCCAGCAGGACACUCUUGGAUGUGGAUGGCCGGUGCCCUGAUCACAGCCCUGAUGAUGGGGGUGACAGAACCUGUUCUUGCAAAUGAUGCUACCUCCUGCGACAACCCCUCUGACACUGGGCCCUCUGGAAGCACCCGGGACAUUGGAGCUGGGGCCCAGGAGGACACCAGGGCAAAGGAAGGCAGCAGCAGCCGCAUCGUGAAUGGGUCCGACUGCGAGAUGCACGCCCAGCCGUGGCAGGGUGCGCUGUUGCUGCAGCCCAACCAGCUCUAUUGUGGGGCCGUGCUGGUGAAUCCGCAGUGGCUGCUCACAGCGGCCCACUGCCGGAAGCCGUUUUACAGAAUCCGCCUCGGCCACCAUUCCCUGUCACCCGUUUAUGAAGCUGGACAGCAGCUGUUCAAAGGGAUCAAGUCCAUCCCCCAUCCUGGCUAUUCCCAUCCCGGCCACUCCAAUGACCUCAUGCUCAUCAAACUGAACAGAAAAAUUCGUGAGACUCAGGCUGUUAAACCCAUCAACAUCUCCCCUCACUGUCCCACUGCUGGGACCAGCUGCUUGGUUUCUGGCUGGGGAACAACCAGCAGCCCCCACGUUAAAUUCCCGAAGGUCCUCCAGUGCUUGAACAUCACUGUGCUAAGUGCCGACAGGUGCAGGAAGGCUUAUCCAGGACAGAUAGAUUCCACUAUGUUCUGCGCUGGCGAUGAGGCGGGAAGAGACUCCUGCCAGGGUGAUUCUGGGGGACCUGUGGUCUGCAAUGACUCCCUACAGGGCCUCGUGUCCUGGGGAGACUUUCCCUGUGCCCAACCAAACAGACCCGGCGUCUACACCAACCUCUGCCAAUUCACUAAGUGGAUCAAGGACACCAUUCAGUCGAACUCAUGAGGCAUCCCAGGAGCCAGCAUUCUGGUGUGCCCCACCCACUGCUGUCAUCACUCCUGCAGGGACCAUGACACUCCCUCCAUACCCCUGUUCCUUCCUGAGGAUGUUGGGGUUGUUAAUCUCUCCAGCCCCUCCCCAAGUCUCCUGGAAUCAGGGUCCAC